ACUCCCCAACUCUGUGAAUAUUUCCCUCCAGUUGUCCUGGCAGGGUGGGGUGGGCGCAUCCCGUCUCCAAUGGCAACCCGAUAGAUCAGCUCCAUCGAUAUUCGCGUUGUUGGAAAGCAGGAGGCUUUUCGGGGAGGAUCAGCGAUGUCGACGCGCUGUGGAUGUCUGUGCCAGCUGCGUGCGUGCGUGUGCGUGUUCACCUUGCACUGAGAGGGAGCUCGGGUAUUUCGGAGAGGUGGAGAUGCUGCUUUGUCAUUGAGGACCUCAGCAGCAGCAGCAUCAGCAGCAUUAUUCUCCCACUCCGGCACGUCCGACGCUCAGCAUGCUGCAUCCUGAUGCGCUCCCGGCCGCGCUCUCUCUGCCUCUGUCUCUCUCAGCCCACCUGGAUUUUCUGGCGUUUCUCGUGUUUUUUCCAGCCCGAAGCGGCUGCGUACCGUCGACUCAUGUCAAUGUUUGAGCCGGAGGAGAGCGGCACGUCCCAAGUGUCAGGGAAGAUACGACCCAUCCUGCGGAUGCGCUGUUGCUGCUUUGCCUCCAGCGGGAGCCCAACUGUGUGAGAUCCAUGAUUUAUCCCUCUGUUUUCUGGGGCUGUCCUAAGAGAGCACCCGCUUCUUUCUCCUCUUCCUCCUCCUCCUUUUCUUCUUCUUUUUUUAAUAAAUAAAAAUGGAAAGGUUCCAGUCUUCCAUGCGCAAACGGCUCUACAGCUUGCCGCAAAACAUUGUGCAAAAACCCACAGUGACUGACAGUGAAGGAGACAGCGGCGACAAGGACACCAGGAGGAAAAGUAUUCGGCUAAAACAUUUGUCCUCUCUGUCUCCCGCAAGCAGUUGCAGGAGCGUCGAGGAGGCCAGGAGCGAAGACUUGGAAAGGGACGUUUCAGGGCUGAAGACCAACUUGAACGGGGACUGUGGCUUUUUCCGGAGCAGCAUCUCUUCCAUCACCGGGAGGCAUCCUGCGGGCUCGGAUCCAGCGGAGCAGCGGUACCUCCUGCCGGAGACGGACGCCGGGGCCAGCGAGAGUUCACCCGGGGAGCCGGGGGACCAGGACCGGGCGGCGGGCGGGCUGCAGGUCGGCGCACCCGGGCAGCCGUCCGUGUUCGACCAGUCAACUUUCAUCAAGUUGGAAGGCGCGGACCAGGUCAUACCCGAAGAUGACCGACUGUACCAGGCCGGCUUCAUGCACCGACAGUUCGGGGCAAUGCUCCAGCCGGGAGUCAACAAGUUUUCCCUGCGGAUGCUCGGCAGCGAGAGGGCCGUGGAGCAUGAGAGGGAACGCGUGAAGUCCGCAGGCUUCUGGAUAAUCCACCCGUACAGUGAUUUUAGGUUUUACUGGGACCUGACCAUGCUUCUGCUGAUGGUGGGAAACCUCAUCAUCAUCCCCGUGGGAAUCACCUUCUUCAAGGACGAGCACACGCCGCCGUGGAUCGUCUUCAACGUCGUGUCGGACACCUUUUUCCUCCUGGACCUCGUUCUCAACUUUCGCACCGGCAUCGUUAAGGAGGACAACACGGAGAUCAUCCUGGACCCGCACCAGAUCAAAGUCAAGUACCUGAAGAGCUGGUUCGUUGUGGACUUUGUCUCCUCCAUACCUGUGGACUACAUCUUCCUCAUUGUGGAAACUCGCAUAGACUCUGACUUUUACAAGACGGCCCGGGCCCUGAGGAUCGUCCGGUUCACCAAGAUCCUCAGUCUGCUGCGGCUGCUGCGUCUCUCCAGACUCAUUCGCUACAUCCACCAAUGGGAAGAGGUCUUUCACAUGACGUACGAUCUUGCCAGUGCCAUGGUGCGAAUCAUGAACCUGAUUGGCAUGAUGCUGCUGCUGUGCCACUGGGACGGCUGCCUGCAGUUCCUGGUGCCGAUGCUGCAGGACUUCCCUCCGGACUGCUGGGUCACCCGGAACAAGAUGGUGAAUGACACCUGGGGUCAGCAGUACUCCUAUGCCCUGUUCAAAGCCAUGAGUCACAUGCUGUGCAUCGGGUACGGCCUGUACCCGCCCAUCGGCAUGGCCGACGUUUGGCUCACCAUCCUCAGCAUGAUCGUGGGCGCCACCUGCUUUGCCAUGUUUGUGGGUCACGCCACAGCUCUGAUCCAGUCUCUGGACUCCUCAAGGAGGCAGUAUCAAGAAAAGUAUAAGCAAGUGGAGCAGUACAUGUCCUUCCACAAGCUCCCCGCUGACAUGAGGCAGAGAAUCCACGACUAUUACGAGCACCGUUAUCAGGGCAAGAUGUUCGACGAGGAGAGCAUCCUGGAGGAGCUGAAUGAGCCGCUGCGAGAGGAAAUCAUCAACUUCAACUGCCGCAAACUGGUAGCCUCCAUGCCUCUGUUCGCCAACGCCGACCCCAACUUUGUCACCUCCAUGUUGACCAAACUGCGCUUCGAGGUCUUCCAACCGGGCGACUACAUCAUCAGGGAGGGCACCAUCGGGAAGAAGAUGUACUUCAUCCAGCACGGCGUCGUCAGCGUCAUUACGAAGAGCAGCAAAGACACCAAGCUGACGGACGGCUCUUAUUUUGGAGAGAUCUGCUUGCUGACUCGAGGCAGAAGGACAGCCAGCGUGCGAGCAGAUAACUACUGCCGGCUGUACUCUCUGUCUGUAGACAACUUCAACGAGGUGCUGGAGGAGUAUCCCAUGAUGAGAAGGGCCUUUGAGGCCGUCGCCCUCGACCGCCUGGACCGAAUCGGAAAGAGGAACUCGAUUCUGCAGCAUAAAGUCCAGCAUCACCAAAGCUCCGGCACAUUAAACCUCCACGAAACAGAAAUCAUCCAAAGAAUCGUCCAGCACGACCGGGACAUGGCCCAAUGCACGCAGCUGAUCCAAAGCAGCACUGCACAGAGUCUGAACGUCCCCAUCGCGCCGCCGUCCCCCACCCCUCUCAUCUGGACGCCGCUGGUCCAGGCGCCGUUGCAGGCUGCCGCUGCCACCACGCCACUGGCUUUAGCCUUGGCCCAUCACUCCCAGCUGCCUCCCAUCCUCUUCCAUAGUCCUCUGGUUCCUGGUUCCUCCAUGAAGGACCAUUCCAGGAGGGUCCACAUGGGAGGGACCGCCUUCAGCAGCUUUGGUUCAGUUCCUGGCUCCCCGGUUAGCUCUGCUAAACCCAGAUCUGUAGUUGAGACGCCGACGUUGGGGUUCUCUUUGGCACAGCAUCACUCCACCGCGGUUUUAUCGCCCACGGUGAUGUCGCAGCCCGUCUUUACGAGCAGCCUACAGCCCACGCCGCAGCCUCUUUACCAGCCUCCUCACUGCACCCCAGUCUUCCCCUCCUACACCUGCUCCGCUCAGCUCCACCCUCAGCCGUUCCUCGGUGCUAUGGCCGCUCCGCCUCAGCCUCUAGGUUUGCUACAGCAAGGGGCGCCGGGGAAGAUUUCGGGAAGAUUUCCAGCCCCGGCCAUCAGCCCUCUGAUCUGCAGCUCGGUGAACCCCAUCCUGAGCCAGCUGCGGCAGCCAUGCCACCCCUCCAGCCUCAACAGAGCAACCAGCACAUCCAGCAACGUCAACCUCCCACAUUUCCCCAUCAUAACCAGCAGGCAGCCGCCGGUGGGGAUCAAUCCGCCACCGUCUGCGGCCGGCGUAAGUGGGGUGGCCGCCUCUCUGGCACAGCACACCCUGGCGGGACUGCAGUCGGUUUUCCUCCCACAGGUUCUCCCAGAGCACUCGGCCCUCGCCUCCCUGGCGCAGUACGGCUCCGGAGAGGCCUCGCCGUGCUACACGCCGCCUCUCCGCAGCCCUGCCACACAGAGUCGGACGGUUCACCAUGCCGAGCCGCCCGGCGCCAUCAGCUUUCAGAGCUCUGCUCUGAGAGAAACAGCAGAGUCCUCGGCGGAUCUCUUUACCCAGGAAAUAAAGACAAUCUCAGGCUCUCACAGCUAUUUACACCAGGAAAGGCCUUCGGUGGUGAGCGGCUCCUCAGAGGGGGCGGCGGGGGGCUUCCCUUCCCCCAUGGCGGUCAACAAACCCUACACCGCCAUCCCGGGUCAGGGUGGUCCCGUCAGUCGGACACAAUCAGGGCCUGAGCCUUGGAAUCGGCCCGCUGGCAAUCAGUCUCCCGCUAAAGUGUUAGACAGUGAACAGAAACAAUCCAAGCUUCCCUCCAACUUGUGAGUGUCAGACACACCCUCCUCAACCUGCUGAGCUGCAGAGGAAACCCAUCCAUGUUGGCAUUUUAAAGGGGACCUAUUAUGCAAAGUUCACAUUUGGCACGUUUUUAUGCUUCCAUUUGGAUCUCUACUGCUUAUAAAAACAGCCCAAGUGCUUUAAAACAUCCCACCCAGAUAUUUUUUGGCAAUAAGUUCAUGUUUUUUGGAAAAGGAGCCGUUUCAAAACCCUUCUGAAUGUAACAUGACAAAUCAGCCUGUUACCUACCAACCCCAGUGGAAUUCAGCCCGUUACCUAGCAACCAAGCAGAGCUCCAGCACGUUUGGUCAGCUGGUUUCACCGCUGUAGAAUGGCUACUGGAAAUAAGUGUUUUGAUGUUAGCUUACCAUCCAGAAACCACUCGCUGCAUCCUUGCUGAUUGUGCAGGAGGCUCUUCUUCUGCUUUUCA